AUGGUCGUGCGUGCGCACCCCCUGUGCUGGCGUCCAGCCAGCCUUUUCGACCGUACGGUCGAGUUCCUGCUGCUGUACUCCGGCGCGGCGGACAAGGCCGUUCGCUUCCGUUGCUGCCAGCUCCUGGGCGCUCUCACGACGGAAUACACGCAACGUCCCCAGGUGGACGAGGAGGACCUGGACUGCUUCGUGGACGUUCUGCUGCCCCGCCUUAGAGACAAGGUCGCAGCGGUGCGGGUGCAGGCGGUCGGCGCCCUGCGGCCGUUUCAGUUCGGGCUUGAGGCCGGCGACGACGAGGAUGCCCUGAAGGACGACAAGGUGCGGUCGGAGCUAAUGAGGGCCAUGGUGAGCGACAGCAGUCCGGAUGUGCGUCAGGCGGCGCUGGCUGCGGUGACCAAGACGGUCGGCAUGUUCGAUCAGGUGUCUUCCAAGCUCCUGAGCCCGCAGCAGAGGGUAACGCUCGUCAAGAGGGGUCUCUCGGACAGUUCGGAGGCGGUCGUGGAUGCUUGCCGUUUCAUGGUGUGCGUCCACUGGUUCCGCGACGCGGAGUACGACCCCAUGGAGCUGCUGCAGCGCUUGGACGUCGUGAAUGUGGAGAAAGUCCCCGAGCUGGUGGUGGCCGAAAUCGUCCGUCUGGGACUCAGGGCCGACCGUGAGCGGGGAGACCCCUCGCUCGGCAUGGGCCUCACCCUGCACGACGCCAAGGCUCUGAGGCAGGCGGCAGCGAGGCGGGUGAACCUCACCUCUUCUUCCUCUUCCACCAGUGGUCCCGGUGGCGGUGGCGGUGGCGGUGGCACCUCCGCGGAGGAGGCCCUCUACGCUCGCGUGCAGGCCGAGGUCGUGAAGGAUGACAAGGUGAUGUCCGCCGGAGAGAAGGAGACCCGUCUGGAGACCAUCCUGACGGAUACCAUGACCCUUUGCGGACAGAUCGAGGUCGUCGCGCAGGAGGUGAAGGAGCUGGUGUCGAAGGACGUGGGCGACAACGACGCCCGCGUGGAGUACCAAGUCUUCGUUCUCGAGCAGGACGUGGACAUGCUGCACCACACGGUGGAGUCGAGCAUGGUGGCUCUCGCCGCCGCACACACGUCGGAGGCGGACUUCGUCCGCAUCGUUGCCGAGCUCGUUAGCGACAUCUCGGACCUCAUCCACACCCGCCCGACCAACGACGUUUCUCCCCAAAACGUCUCCCUGAAUGCGUCGUUCGCGUCGAUCAUGGAGGGCCUUGGGGACGUCGGCGACGGUACCCCCAAUCGGUCGUUUGCGUCCAUGAGGUCGGCCGUCCGAGCCGCCAUCCCGAAAAACUUCGUCAAGGACAGGGCUCGCGCGAUCGAGGGCAUCGCGCCAAUGGCGUGCAUGAGCGAGGAGGGCGGGAAGGCCGUCGAGACCAGCGGCGGCGGCAGCAAGAGGGCUGAUCCCGCAUCGUCAGAGGACGAGUUUAUGGAUGCCCUGUCCCACCACAGUGGCGCCGAGGACGCAGGAGAGAGCAACGGAGACGCCCUCCGUCAGGUCACCGCCGGUUUGGAAGAGAAGGAAACAGUCCCUGUCGCUCUCGCCGGAGACAGUGAACAAGACAUGCGCCGCUUGUUCCGUAUCCUUGACAUCCUGUCGGUUCUUCUGUCCAAGACCAAGCGGACUUUAGCGAGGGAUGCGACCCUCACAGCCUUCGAGGAUGUCAUCAUGGACGUCUUCAAGUGGACCGCCGAGGUGCUUCCGACGUUGAUCCCGGACCUCCAAUACUUCGGCCCCACACUCCGAGAACAAGCGGUGCAGACCCUCGGCAAGUACUCCCUCCUUGGGGAGGCGGCGGCCGUGAGGCACAGCCCCAUGCUGCUCAAGAUCGCCCUGUGCGAGGAUGAGGCGACCGGCGUUCGCGCCUGCGCUAUGCAGGCCCUGAGCGACCUGUCCCUAAUCUUCAGGAGCGCUGUCCUCGGAUCGACCGGUGACGUAUUGAACAUGUUCGCGGACAUUCUUAAGGACAGAUCUGCGAAUCGGGGCAUGACAGCUGUGGCCGCCGAGGCCAUCUCCCGCCUCCUGUUCUUUGAGCUGUCGCACGACCCCGAGCUAUUGGCGAGGCUCAUCGUAUUGUAUUUCGAAAAGGGUUCCGCCGCCGAUCCCUCUGUGGGGCCCCGUGGGGACGAAGACGGGGAAGAGGAAGGUUUGGAGGAGGACGCCAAGGCCGUUGGGAGCAGCGUGCGGCUCAGCCAGAUUUUGGGUGUGUACUUCCGGUCUCUGCCCUCCGCUGGUCCGAGGGUGCGCGACAUGCUCUCCGAGUCCGUGCGGCACGUGAUGGGGGUCCUCAGGGGCAUUGCCGAGCUCAACGUUGCUGCCGAGAAAAACAACGAGAACGACGCGAACAAGACCGUGGCGAUGAUCGAAGUCCCUUCCCAGGACGUGGUGAAGUUUGUGAGGGAACUCCUAAUGGUGCAGCAGGAGGAGAGCGCCUUGCGCGAGGCAGAGGCGGCGGAGGCGGCUGAGGAAUCUUCGUCGAUGAAGAAAGAGGUCGAAGAAGAGGGCCAGGAAGAAAAAGAAGACGGCAAAGACACCCAGCAGAAGGCCAAGGCUGAGAAGAGCGGUAGCAGCAGCGGGGGCACGGCAGGCGUAGCUGGAGGAGUGGAUGCGACUGGGCACGUCGCGCUCUGCAUCACCGAAGAGCUCUGGACUCUGAGCGGCAUCGACGGCGUGUCCGAGCUCGCAGCGUCGUUGGCCAAAGUGCUCACGUCUCUGCCACUUCCGGAAGACGACCAGGUGACCCUGAAGCGCCUACGCAAGAACGUGGACAGGCUGGAGUCUCUAGGCGACAGCCGCCUGGGCGCCAAGGUUUCGAGGGUCAUUGCCAAGUAUGCCGAGGUCCUCUUGGCCGCCGACCCCACCCCCGACGAUAGCGACAGCGAUGGCAGCGACAGCGACGAGCACACACGCGCCGCGGACAAGUCCGGGGACGAAGCGGAGGAGGAACAGAAGGCCCCAGCGCGCAAGAAGCGGAGCAGCAACACGGCCUCUUCUUCUCCGUCUGCCAGCCUGCAGCAGCCGUCCCGCCGACCUUUCCGCCAGAGCAAGGUGGCCGCGCGCGAGCGCAUGGCGCACGCGGAAGCGGAGGCGGUGGCGGCCGCGGCUGCCGCUGCUGCUGAGGAGGAGGAUCGAGACACUUCGGAAGACGAGGACGAGGAGGAAAGCGACGGCGAAGAUGAUGGCACGGAGCAUGGGCAAGCGGAGGCCGGAGAUGGCCGUGGUGGAACCGUCGACGAUGACGACAACGCCGUCGAGUCGGAGGACGACGACGAAGAUGAUGGCUACGAGAGCGCCGUCACCAAGGUGUCAUCGCCCGCGAGGGAAAAGCGCAGCAGCACCCGACGCAAGUCGAGCAGGGCGAAGGCGAGCCCGCUGGCCGAGAUCAGCAACAGCCCGGGACGGGGCAGGAGGCUCCGUGCAUGAGUGAUGAUAUUCCCACCCUUCUGAGUGGUGAUACACCCAUCCAUCCAUCCAUCUUGCUCACCGAAGGGUGUGUGCAGCCGUAAAUGUCAUUCUGGUCGCAACGGCGAGUAGGAAUCGCGGUGAUACUGUUGUGGUGCAUGCGGUACCUCGACCUUCCUGAGUUUUUUCUUCGAUAUUUUUCUUGUCUUUUUUCGCGUCGUGAGUAGCAUGUAAGCUUCCGAGGUGAAUGAAGACUGCGCCGUUUGUUGGAGCUGGGUGCUGCCAUUCGAUAAGCGCGAAAUUGUGUAAGAAAUCGACAUUUGUGCAACGAUCAGUCGAACGUGCGCCAAUAGUCUCUUUGUUUUUCCUGUUCAUUUGGGGCUUUUAGACCGAAGAAUACACGCGGCGUGAUCGAUCCAUCCCGUUGGACGGGAGGGGGGGGCGGGCGCGUUCUUUUACUUUGUAUAUUUUGUUUGUCCGUCCCCAAAGAACGUGCUUGUGUUAAUGCCGUUUCGGGUUCCAUUGGCCACGUUCCCUCCAAGUUUGUCUGCAUGAAACGUGGAGUAUGUGUGUCUUUGCAAUUUUCGGUGGGGUUCUUGUCGGACCUAAGUUUUUUUCUGUGCUGCGGCAGUUCAGGCGUGUUUUGGUUUUGGCGCGAAAGGAGAUAGGUUGAUGUCGGGGUGUGCCUAUUUGCUGGAGUUACAUACGUGGCUCCUGUACGGUCAACCAGCCGGCAAACAGGAGUCAAACGUGUAUGCGCCUUGGUUGUCAUCAUCACCAAGGGUCCCGACACGCAGAUCGUUUGACAACGCGUUGUGCAUGAGGCAGGUGGCGGGAUCCGAAGACACCCCCCCUCUUGAGGCGAAGGACAAUCCCGCCCCGUCGGCACCAGGCUUCAAGGUCGCGCACUUUUUUCUGUGGUGCGAGCAUUCUUUUUUAUUACUGCAGCACCUAUCUUCGUCUAUUCUGCACGUCGAUUUUUUCUUCUCACUCGAUUAGUAUCCGUUAUUAUUUCUACUUCAAAACACACACGAGGCAUGUAGUCCACAAAGAGGAAAACCGCAUCCAGAUCCUCCGAAUCAAGGGUUGGCCGGGGUCUUAUGGAAGCUAGCAAUCAUUGAGUGUUCGCAUCUAUGCAUACAACAUACAGAAGGCUUUGCUAGUGCGGUUCCUCCUCCUGGGGUAGCGUGGUGUAGCCCGCAGCAACCCGGCUUCGCUUGGGCGAGACAGCCCUCACGAACCGGUGCAACGGGGACGUGCUGCGCCCCCCGCCGCCGCUCCCGUCCUCUCGCCCUGGCGGCCUCUUGGUCACCCGGUUCUUGGGGGAACGUCGGGUGGGCG